AUGCGGCUCAUUGAUACAAGAACACUCGAGCUUCGAUGGUUCAACGACAAUGAGAUUCCGGUCUAUGCUAUCCUCUCCCACACCUGGGGCCCAGAUGAAGUGAGCCACCAGGAAUUUGUCUGGAUCAACAGAGCUCGGGCGCUCUCAGCAUCGCCGAUACCAGCAUCGACAUCACCAAGCGGGCAAGAUGCGCAAACAGCUCUCAUGUUGGCCCUGGAAAUGAUGAUUCGAGGAAACUCGGGUGUGCCAUCGAGAAGCUUGUCUGAGAGUCAUCUGAUGAAGCGUGUGGGCUACAGCAAAAUCAUCAACGCAGCUGAGCAAGCACGGGGCCAGGGUUGCAACUACCUUUGGGUCGACACAUGCUGUAUAGACAAGACUUCAAGCGCCGAGCUGCAGGAAGCUAUCAACUCUAUGUAUCGCUGGUACAGGGACGCAGAAGUCUGCAUCGUGUAUCUUAGCGACAUACCCAAAAACCAUCAUGGGGACUUCAGGACCGCCUCCGAAACCGCGAGAUCGGCCUUCACCAACAGCCGGUGGACGCAACGUGGCUGGACGCUUCAAGAACUCAUUGCCCCCGUUGUGUGUCGCUUCUACUUCCAGGACUGGACCUUGAUGGGCGAGAAGGUAGAAUUCUUGCAAGAGUUAUCGGAGGCGACAGGUAUACCUGUGCACGUUCUGGAAGAAACAAGGUCUCUUAGUGAAGUGUCGGUUGCGGAAAGGAUGUCGUGGGCUGCACAUCGACAAAGUACGCGUAUCGAAGAUACUGCGUACUGCUUACUCGGAAUCUUUGACAUUCACAUGCCGCUGCUAUACGGCGAAGGCGAAAAGGCCUUUAUCCGUUUACAAGAAGAGAUACUCAAGACAACCGACGACUACUCGCUGUUUGCCUGGCGGGCGAAAGAGUCACAGCAAAGCACCUAUCGUGGUCUUCUUGCACGAAGCCCCUCUGAGUUCGAGUCCUGCCGCUCCAUCGAACGCGAAAGCGUCAUGUCUACAUUUCCCAUUGCCUCGACCCCGAUCGGCCUCUGCGUCCAACUCGAGUUCCUGGCAGACCCCCAAGACAAAGGCCGCGUCCUGGCUAUGAUUCGAUCCAGCAACUCGAUGAACCAGCGCUUAGCCAUCACACUCACGUGUCUAGACGGAGGCACACAGUACGCACGUGUUGAUGCUGGGACCCUCACUGCAAUCGACGACUGGCCUACCGGCCACCUCAAGACCAUCUACGUACGGCAAAAACUCACCAUACCCCCCAGCUUCACGACCCCCGACUUCAAAUGCUUCUCCAUCCAACGCCGGAUAUCCAACCUCGCCACGCCCGCCGUCCGCAUCAUCAACGUGACGCCUCGCAACGCCUGGGACGAGGCUUCGCACGAACUCCGCAUCCCCGAACACGUCACCGACUUCUGGGGCGCCUUGCUGCUGCGCGUGCAAUCAGCCACAUAUGCGCAUUCGCUCAAUUUCCCCGUCGCGUUUGGCUUCAACCGUGCAACUUGCCACUACUGGUGCAAAGCAGUCCCGGAAAUCGCUCAACCACAGCAGCAGCAGAGUGGCCCGACGGCCGCAGGAACUUGGCCCCAGGCUGUGAAGACGCGAAUACCAGAUGAAGUGUAUGACCCUCUACGUGGCAACGACGUGCGAAGUGAUAUGUUUCUGGUCAGGGAUGAUGGGUUGGCUAUCAAUGUGCAUAUUAGUGCAGGGCUGUGUGGAGAUGAUAUCGCGCUGCAAGUUCACAUAGACGGACUAGUCAAGUGGCAAUAA